CCUCCUCUGUCCCCUCCGAGCGUCCCCGCUCACCGCCGGCCGGGAGCUCGUUGCGGCGCGGCAAAGCCAAAUCUACCUCUCUCCCUUCCUUCCGAGUCCUCACCUACCAACGCGGUUCUAAAUCCCUACUAUGGUCUAGCACGAUGCCGUAUAUAGCUGCCGCCGUGCCGUACCUUAACGCCACCGCCGACGUCUCCAUCCUGCAUCUCACCCCGGCAUCUCCGUUCCCGUUUUGGUUCUAGUUAAUUCUGGAGUUCAAGAAUUAGGAACCAUGAGCUACUGCCAAGCUACCACAUGCAAGCCUCGUGGUGGGCUCACUUUGGACAAGCCAUUAGGUCUUGGGAGAACGUGCAAAUUACUUCCUUUACAUUCUGCAUGGCAAAGUUCUUCUAGAUCUUGCAAGCUGCAAGAGAAAGUAUAUCCAAAGCUUCUUGUUGCUGCUUGCCAUAAAAGGCUUGGUCCUGUAUGUGCCUCAAGCGGAAAGGAAAACCUGGGUUCUGCCAAUGACCAAUUCUCUAUGGAAUCUUUGAACAAAGCAAUGGAUGGAGCGAAAAAGCAAUGGUCCAUACAAGGCUUGUUGAUGGAGCAACUGUCGAAGAUCACUGGACAAGGGUCUGGUGGAAAUGGUGGAAAUAAUAACCGUUAUGGAGGCAGCGGUGGUGGUUCUGGUGGCCCAGAUGACGAAUCUUUUACGGAUUCAUUGUAUGAAAUGGUCCAAGUUUUAUUAGCAACCAUCGCUUUUGUACUGAUGUAUGUCCAUAUAAUCAGGGGAGAGGAGUUGUACCGCCUUGCUAGAGACUACACCAAAUAUCUUGCUACUGGUAAGAGAACAUCCCGGCUGAAGCGUGCCAUGCUUAACUGGCGUGAAUUCUCAGAUGGCAUCACGAAGAAGGACAGCACACAAGAUGAUGUGUAUGGAAGCCCAGUUGGUUCUGAACCCGUGUGGUGGCAGCAGCCCCAGAAGCUGGUUCAUAAUCUUGGGAACCUUUUCAAAAGCAACAUCCGUCCACAAGCACAGGAAUCUUGAGCCUGGCAUGCCAUGUUCGUGUUCAAAUUUUCACCUCAGAGAACUUCUCGUUUUAAUCAUGUAUAGGCCACUGCUAAGUACAUUGACACAACUAGACGGUUAGCUGUUGUUUCUGCUGGAUGGUGAUUCUCAGUUAGUGUAGUGAAAUUCAUGUGCUGCCUAUGGUUUGUAUUGACUAACAUGAGGGAAAGGAGUUGUUGUGGUCAGUUUUGUACGUCAUAAUGCCGCUGCUAUGAUUGCCUGCUCGUCAAUGGUUUGUAGGUGGCAAUUUGAAUGCUGAAUCUGAUGGAUCAAAACUACGAAGGUCCAAGUACUAGUAAAUCAUCUAUAAAAGACGUUGUGUUCUUAAUUUAA